AUGGCUUCGCGACGUGGGGCCCCAGACAACGGGGACGAAAUGACAUCCCCGCAUUCAUUUGUUAAAUUGAUGGCGCUGGAGCGGCUGCAAGAAAUCUCGAUUACACACCCGGAUACUCUAGAGCCAGAGAGAAUUGAACGAUUUCGCUCUUUGGCAGCACCGUAUCCUCCCGGCCAGGGAACGCGCGCGUUCGGCGGCCAUGUUUACGCGCAAUCCGCAUAUGCUGCGUCCAAGACCGUCAGUCCAGGAUUCGUUGUUCAUGAUAUGACGGGGACGUUCGUUCUCGGAGGUCGUCUCGACACGCCUUAUGUGUUCACAGUGCGACACGUCCGUGAUGGCUUCAUGUACAGCACACGUGCUGUUGAUGCACGACAAGAGGGCAAAGUUUGCUUCUCGUGUAUAUGUUCUUUCAAACGCGAUGAACGCCAACGUCUCUUUGACCACCAGCCAACAUCAGCACAGGAGCGCUUCGGCUCCAUCCUCUCGGCAAAGCAGCCAGAAGCCCAGGAAGUCAGUCCAAGCGUUGAUGCCGACUGGUGGAUUGACAAUGUUCGGCAAGGUAACAUUGCCGAGAUCGAGUUCCCGGGUCUAGAUGUGCGCAAAGUCGAUAUGCAAGACUACAACCAUGCCGAGGAUAUCAAACAGCAUCCUGAGCGGUAUCGCCAGCUCACACAAUACCGACUCAAGGGGUCACCGGAUGAAGAUCCCAGCGCUACUCUAGCACAAAUUCGAGAAAGAGAAGAGGCUGGGAAAUAUGACAAUUUGUAUGCGUGUGCGCAUAUGUAUUCCAGUGAUAAGAACUCGCUUCUUUUGAUCCCGCGUGCCCUAGGGAUCAAAAAUUGGACAGAAAUGGGGAGCCUCACGCUGACUGUCAUCUUACAUCGGCACGCAGAAGCCAUGCGCAUGAUUGACUGGUCAAGGGUCGGCGAAGAGGAGACCGAGUUGCCGAAAAAGUGGUUCGUCCAGGAGGGAUGGACGCCUCAAGCUGGUGAGAAUCGGGGGGUGCACGAGAGUCAUCUAUGGAGCCCGGAAGGUGUGCUCCUUGGCACCUCCUUGCAAGAUAGCAUGCUGAGAUUAAGGAAGUUAGGAAAAACUCCUAAGUUGUGA